AUCGGCGGGGCCACGCCCAGGCGCGCAGAGCGCUGCUCCAGGAGUCUCGCGCUCGCGGUCAUGUGACACGGUGAAGAUGGCGUCGCCCGGCAGUCUGUGGCUCUUGGCUGUAGCUCUCCUGCCAUGGACCUGCGCUGCUUGGGUGUUGCAGCAUCUGGACCCGCCGGCGCCGCUGCCCUUAGUGAUCUGGCAUGGGAUGGGAGACAGCUGUUGCAAUCCCUUAAGCAUGGGUGCUGUUAAAAAAAUGGUUGAGAAGAAAAUACCUGGAAUUUACGUCUUAUCUUUAGAGAUUGGGAAGACUCUGAUGGAGGACGUGGAGAACAGCUUCUUCUUGAAUGUCAAUUCCCAAGUUACAACAGUAUGUCAGAUACUUGCUAAGGAUCCUAAAUUGCAGCAAGGCUACAAUGCUAUGGGAUUCUCCCAGGGAGGCCAAUUUCUGAGGGCAGUGGCUCAGAGAUGCCCUUCACCUCCCAUGAUCAAUCUGAUCUCGAUUGGGGGACAACACCAAGGUGUUUUUGGACUCCCUCGAUGUCCAGGAGAGAGCUCACACAUCUGUGACUUCAUCAGAAGAACACUGAAUGCUGGGGCUUACUCCAAAGUUGUUCAAGAACGCCUUGUGCAAGCCGAAUACUGGCAUGACCCCAUAAAGGAGGAUGUGUAUCGUAAUCACAGCAUCUUCUUGGCAGAUAUAAAUCAGGAGCGGGGUAUCAACGAGUCCUACAAGAAAAACAUGAUGGCCCUGAAGAAGUUUGUGAUGGUGAAAUUCCUGAAUGAUUCCAUUGUGGACCCUGUAGAUUCAGAGUGGUUUGGAUUUUACAGAAGUGGCCAAGCCAAGGAAACCAUUCCCUUACAGGAGACCUCCUUGUACACACAGGAUCGCCUGGGACUAAAGGAAAUGGACAAAGCAGGGCAGCUAGUGUUUCUAGCUAUAGAAGGGGACCAUCUUCAGCUGUCUGAAGAAUGGUUUUAUGCCCACAUCAUACCAUUCCUUGAAUGAAACCCAUACAGUUCACGAUAGAGCUCAGGGAGCCCCUUACUCUUCCAAACCAAGUGGGAGAGUUUCCUUCAUGCCCAAGCCUGAGCUCAGAUCCAGCUUGCAACUAAUCCUUUUAUCAUCAUCUAACACGCCCUACUUGGAAAGAUCUAAGAUCUGAAUCUUAUCCUUUGCUGUCUUCUAUCACCAUAUGGUGUUGAAUGCAAGUUUAAUUACCAUGGAGAUUGUUUUACAAACUUUUCAUGUGGUCAAGCUCAGUUUUAGAAAAACUGAAUCUGUUGCAGAUCAGUGCCAGAACUGUGCCCAGGCCCAAAGGAGACAACUAAUUAAAGCAAUGAGAUAGAUAGAUUCUAAGGGCAAACAUUUUUCCAAGUCUUGCCGUAUUUCAAGCUAAGAGGUACCCAGGCCUGAGGUACUCACAUAAAUCUUUUUUUUGCUGGUGAUGUAACCAGUGCUUGGAUGUCUUGCUUGGCUAUUUCUGCAUAAUUUCUUAGGGCUGCCUUCCUCUCUGAGUAUGUUGCUCUGUGCUAUCAUCAUUAGACAAAUCCCACUGGCCUACAGUCUUGCUUCUGCAGCACCCCUUUGUCUCCUCAGGUAGUGAUGAAUUAGUUGCUUUGUCACAAAAGGAGGGAAGUAGCACCCCAUUAAGUUGCUUAAGAGAGGAAAUGUACAUCUUGUAUAACUUAGAUAGGGAGUGAAGAAAAUGUAGAUAUGAAAGUGAAAAGUGAGGCAGCUAGUUCUUCCUAUUUCAUUCUUGGCCAACCUGCCCUCUCUUAAUAUGACUAGUGGUCUCGAUGCUAGAGUUAAGUUACUGUGUUGCUGGCUUUAGCAGAGAAUGGGAGGAACCAUAUGAAAAAGAUCAGGCUUUCUAACUUCCAUCCCCAAAACAUAUUUACCAGCAUACUCCAAACGGUUUCUGAUGUAUUCUGUGAGAAAAGAAUUGUUUGCUCAAAAAGCUUGGAAAAUACUACACACUCCCUUUCGCCUUCUGAAGAUCAACCCAUAAUCUAAGGACUCUGAGAAUUCCUGUUACAGUAAACAAAACUAACUUGAUCUACCAUUUCCUACACUAUUUGAGCAUGGAAAUCAUAGUCCCCACUCUGUGAAAACGUAACGCUUUUUGGAAGACAUUUCUGUAGAAUGCCAGUUUGGAGAAAUGAUGAGCUAAGCCUUGAUGAAAGAACCGCGUUGGUGCUGAUAAGUUUACCCAUUAUGGUUUUCUUUUCUCUCUCUCGGGCCUUAUUCUUCAACUAAAAGUUGAGGAUUAAGGGCAAGAAGUAGGGAGAUGUGAAAAUAAUUUUAUGAGGUUGUCUAAAAUAAAGAUUAGUUUCUUAUC